AUGGCCUCCAGCUUGGAGGAAGACCUCUCGUGUCCCGUUUGCCAGGACAUUUUCAAAGACCCGGUCGUCCUGUCGUGCAGCCACAGCUUCUGCCGGACCUGCAUCCAGUCGUUGUGGGCGGAGAAGGAAACACGACCGUGUCCGUGCUGCCAGAGGAAUUCAUCGAGGACCGAGCCUCCUCGCAACCUGGCGCUGAAGAACCUGUGCGAGGCCUUUCUGAAGGACGGGGGGCGGCGGGCGGCAGCAGGGUCCAAGCACAUGUGCAGCCUGCACGGUGAGAAGCUCAAGAUCUUCUGUCUGGACCACCAGGAGCUGGUCUGCUUGGUCUGCCGGGACUCCAGGACUCACAGCAACCACCGGUUCAGACCCAUCGACGAGGCGGCCCAGGAUGUCCGGGAAGGGCUGCAGAGAGACCUGACACCCCUCCGGGAGAAGCUGACAAUCUUCCAGCAGGUGACGGGGGACUGCAUCUCCACGGCAGAAUACCUCCAAGUCCAGGCCCGGGACACCGAGAACAAGAUCCGGCAGCAGUUUCAGAUGCUUCACCAGUUCCUGGAUCGGGAAGAGAAGAUGAGGGUGAAGACGCUGAGGGAGGAGACGGAGCAGAAGAGUCGGGCGAUGAAGGAGAAGGUGGAGGCUCUGACCCGGGACAUGGACGCUCUUUCAGACACGAUCAGAGCGACGGAGACGGAGCUGAGAGCCGGAGACGUCUCGCUGCUGCUCAACCACAAGGUGGCGACCCAGAGAGUCAAGCAGGGCCCAGUUCUGCAGGACCCGGAGCCGGUUCCAGGGGCUUUGAUAGAUGUGGCCAAACAUCUGGGAAACCUGACCUUCAACAUCUGGAAGAAGAUGAAGGACAUGGCGCGCUACAGUUCUGUGAUCCUGGAUCCAAACACCGCCGACCCAGAGCUCGUCGUGUCUGACGACCUGCUGAGCGUCACAUUCGGGGGGUCGCGAGAUCUGCCGAGCAACCCGAAGAGGACCAGGUUUCCCGGCACCGUCCGGGGCUCCGAGGUGGUGAAGUCAGGGAUUCACAAGUGGGGCAUGUAUGUUGAAAACAACGCCGACUGGGAGCUGGGAAUGCUGGAAGACGAUGGUGGCGACACAGCGGAGCCGCGGCGGUGGAGGAUUUCACUCAAGGACGGUAGAUACAAGGCGUUGGCUGGAUCGGGCUCGGAGAAACACCUGCAGGUGGGGAAGCCCUGGGGGAUCUGGGUUCGUCUGGACUUCAACCAGGGGAAGCUGUGGUUCCAGGAUAUUGACACAAAGACAGUCGUGCACACCUUCACUCACACGUUCACGGGCGCGAUGUUUCCUUACAUGUACACCCGGAGCUCAUUCCCACUGAGGAUCAUGGCAGCCCAGGUUUCCGUGACGACACCAGGUUUGGAAGAUUAGGAGGUGGGGCCAGACCCUGAACCCCGAAGACGAGUCAACAUCCCCUGGAAGGUCGUAUCAUCGUCCGCCUCGUUUGCAUUUGACGUUUUUGUCUGACU